GCUGGUUUUUACGUAACCUGUGGUUUGUAGAAACGUAAUAAACUGUUGUUAAACGUCACAGGAUAAAUCGUAGGAAAGAGUGUAAGAACAUUUCGCGCCAUUCAUUCUUAUCAUGGAAGUUUUACUGAGCGUGGUUUCCCGCUAAGAUGAAAGAGUGCUGGGUGCAGCUUGAGCGUUUACCAUUAAUUGGCGAUAAGGAAACUCAUGACAUUAUCCUAAAACAGGAGCGUGAUGAUCCAGUAUCAUUGAAUGCUAGUGAGAAUGAAUCAACAAUGUCCUCCGAAGAAACUACCAGGAAACCGAACAAACACAGAACCCCCACAAGCGGAUACAAGAAAUAUCCCUGUCUACUGUGCCCGAAAGUAUUCAACAGAAAAUCCAACCUAACAGUCCACGAAUACGUUCACACAGGUGAAAAACCUCACUCGUGCGUUAUAUGUAAAAAAGCGUUUACAACUUCGAGUAAUCUAAAGGAACACUUAUACAUACACACCGGUGAGAAACGAUAUCGCUGCGGAGUAUGUAAGAAAAAGUUUGUACAGGCAAGUUCUUUGAUUUCACAUAGGAAACGGCAUAGUCACGAAGAGGGGCACAGUUGUGACAUAUGUCAUAGGAAGUGUAGGAAUUUAACUGCUUUGAAGAAACACAGACUGAUUCACAAGGGGAUGGAGCCUGAGAAAAGGGGGGUUGGUAGGCCUAUGCCGCUCGUUCAAAGGUUUAAGAAGGAGAAGGACGAAUUUUGACGAUGUGGAUAUUUUUAUAUAGGCUGAAAUAGGACCAGGGAAUUUUCGGUAGAAGAAUCACCAAAAAAAAAGUUUUUUAAAGUAGGUAAAUUUUAUAUUUUUCCUACUCAGAAUCACGAGCCAUUUCGAUCUAGCCUCGUGGGGCCCAAUGUAAUUUCUAAAGUACAUAAUGGUUUCAAUGGAAUUUUAAUUUUCAUGUAAACAAAUAAAAUAUAAUUUCUUUUGUUUCUAAAAUUUUUUGAACUAAUGAAAUUGAAUUCAAUCUCAAGUACAAUAAGA